UCAAAAGCACACCCACCGCCCGCAAGCGCAAACGCACGCCUCCACCCGCCCGCCGCCUCGUGCCCGACAGAUCCACUCCUCCAAAUCUAUCCUCCCCGAGCGUCCCCGGCGGCCUCCCUCCACCAGCGCCCCCCCGCCGAUCUCCGGCCAGCCCAAUCCCCCGAGCGGCCGCCAUGAAUCCCUACGCCGACAACCGCUACGCCGACCCCUCCUCCUACCGCGACAGGCGCAGCGACCUUGCCGCGGCCCCUAUACUCGCCCCGCCCGUCCCCGUGGCCCCCGCCCAGAACCCCUACGCCGCGCCGUACACGCCCAUGGCCGCCCCCGUCGGCGGCUUCGGCCAGGGCGGCGGAGGCUACGGCGGUGGCAUGGGAUACGGCGGUAGAGGUAGAGGCGGCGGUGGCGGUGGACCAGGUGGCUUCCGUGGCGGCGGUGGCAGAGGAGGCAGCAACGGGAGGGACGGGCUCGACUCGCUCAACCUGCCCAAGGCGGACUUCCGGGGCCUUAUACCGUUCGAGAAGAGCUUCUACGUGGAGUGCCCCGCCGUGCAGGCUAUGUCGGACACGGAGGUGGCGCAGUACCGUCAGCUCCGGGACAUCACCGUGGAGGGCCGGGAGGUGCCCAAGCCUAUCCGCUUCUUCCAUGAAGCUAACUUUCCAGAUUACUGCAUGCAAGCAAUUGCUAAGUCCGGAUUUGUGGAGCCAACGCCUAUCCAAGCUCAGGGUUGGCCGAUGGCCUUGAAGGGCAGGGACGUGAUUGGUAUUGCAGAAACUGGAUCUGGGAAAACACUAUCUUACAUACUACCUGGUUUGGUUCAUGUUGGUGCACAGCCUCGACUAGAACAAGGUGAUGGCCCGAUUGUCUUGAUCCUUGCUCCAACAAGAGAACUGGCUGUCCAAAUACAGGCAGAAGCUACAAAAUUUGGAUCAUACUCGAGAACUAGAAGCACAUGUAUCUAUGGUGGAGCACCUAAGGGACCACAAAUACGUGACCUAAGGAGAGGAGUUGAAAUUGUCAUUGCAACACCUGGCCGGUUGAUAGAUAUGCUGGAAGCUGGUCACACAAACCUACGUCGGGUUACAUACCUUGUCCUGGAUGAGGCAGAUCGUAUGCUCGAUAUGGGUUUUGAACCUCAGAUUCGAAAAAUAUUGGCACAAAUCCGUCCGGACAGACAAACCUUGUACUGGAGUGCCACGUGGCCGAGAGAAGUUGAAACGCUGGCUAGACAAUUUCUACAAAACCCUUACAAGGUAAUGAUAGGAACAGCUGAACUUAAAGCUAACCAUUCCAUACAGCAAAUUGUUGAAGUUAUCUCGGAUCAUGAAAAAUAUCCCAGGCUAAGUAAACUUUUAUCUGAUCUGAUGGACGGGAGCCGAAUCUUGAUAUUUUUUCAAACAAAAAAGGAAUGUGAUAAGGUCACUCGGCAACUUAGAAUGGACGGAUGGCCAGCAUUAUCUAUACAUGGUGAUAAAGCUCAGUCUGAAAGGGACUAUGUUCUGGCAGAGUUUAAGAAUGGGAAGAGUCCUAUAAUGGCUGCCACAGAUGUAGCGGCACGUGGUCUUGAUGUGAAGGAUAUUAAGUGUGUGAUUAAUUUUGAUUUCCCGACAACUAUCGAGGAUUAUAUUCAUAGGAUAGGUCGCACUGGCCGUGCCGGUGCUACCGGGAUGGCAUUCACGUUCUUCACACAUUCCAAUGCAAAAUAUUCAAGGAAUCUCGUUAAGAUCUUGCGCGAAGCUGGGCAGGUUGUGAAUCCAGCGUUAGAAGCUAUGUCCAAGUCUGCUGGUUCUAUGGGAGGAGGAGGUAAUUUCCGGUCAAGGGGCCGAGGUGGGUUUGGUGGUGGUGGGUAUGGUGGUAACCGUUCUGGAUCAAAUUCCAUUCCAGUACGUAGAAGAUACUAAGACACAAACAUGAAGGUCAAUUCUGAUGCUGGAAAAGACAGAGCGAUGAAGUUUUAUCUGUAUACAUUAGGCAUUAAAUUAAAUGCAUUUUUGGGGAAUUUCUUUGAAAUCCUUCUACUGUUAGAAGAUCAAAACAAAAGUCAUUCUUGAUAUUUUUGUACCGGAGCUCAAAUGGAAGGAACUCAUGUAUCAGCGACCUUGGAGAUUAGAGUAGUCUUGUCGAAACAGUGAACUAAGCGUGUAUCUUUGUGGCUAAUUGUCUAAUUGGAUUUGGUCAUAUGUUGUGUUGCUUC